AUGUCGGGUGGGAACAUUAAAGACUUUGAUAAAAUCACGUCUUUUCUGGGCGACUACGGCUUCUUUCAACUACUAAUAAUCGGUGUGCUCAGUUUAAGCGCAAUUACAUGCGGGUACGCGGGAACGAUAGUGGUCUUUGUUUCUGAUACACCCCAGCACCACUGCAAAGUGUCCACCAACUCCACGCGUAACGGCACAGAUGUGGAGGUUCCUCUACGCGAGUGGAGCAGCUGGAUCGGACCGGACAGCUGUUCCCGGUACAAACUGGACGGAAACUGGACGGAGACAGCGGGACCCAGCAAUGACACGGAGCCAUGUCUGGAUGGAUGGGUCUUCAGCACUGAGAUAUACACCAACACCAUCGUGUCUGAGUGGGGUCUGGUGUGUGAAAGUGCAUGGAAGGUACCUUUUUCCACCUCCUUGUUCUUUGUAGGGACCCUGAUCGGAUCCUGUGUUUGUGGUCAACUGUCAGAUCGGUUCGGCAGAAAGCUGGUGUUUUUUUUCACCAUGGCAUUACAAACAGUCACUACCUUGAUCCAGGCCACCUCUGUCAGUUGGGUCAUGUUCUGUGUCAUCAACUGUCUGAGAGGACUUGGCCAGAUAUCCAAUUACAUUACGUCACUCGUACUGGGGUCUGAGAUCCUUGGCCCGAAGGCCAGGGUGAGUUACGCUGUGCUGGGCCACUGCUUAGGUUUUGGCAUCGGAUAUGCCUUGCUGCCGCUCUUGGGCUACCUCAUACGAGGCUGGAGGAUGCUGCUGGUUACUUCUGCCAUCCCCGGCCUCCUGCUUUUUCCAGCCUGGUGGGUGAUUCCAGAGUCUCCCCGUUGGCUUUUGCAGAAAGGUCGGGUGAAGGAGGCUGAGCUUGUCAUACGCACUGCUGCAAAAUGGAACAGAGUCCCCGCUCCUGAGAUUAUAUUCAGGUCAAACGAAUGUUCUGAGGUAAAGAAAAAUGAAAGCGAAGAGGAGCAUACGUAUACUUACCUGGACCUGAUACGCACCCCUAACAUCAGGAAUAUCACAAUUCUGGGUGUUUUCAUAUGGUUGGCUGCCACCGUGGUCUUCUAUGGUCUCAGUCUCAAUACCAGUAACCUGAAUGGAAAUGUCUACCUCAACUGCUUCAUUUCAGCAGCCAUUGAUAUUAUGGCGUAUUUAGCCACUUCAGUGCUGGUUAAUCGCGUAUCACGACCCAUACUCCUCUUCUCCAUGCUGAUGUUCUGUGGAAUCAUGCUUCUGGUUAUCAAGCUGGUUCCUGAAGACAUGCACGUCAUGUUCCAGGUGUUAGCCUUGGUUGGAAAGACUGGUGUGUCUGCUGCUUACUGCCUCGUCUUUGUGUUUUUUACUGAGCUGAUCCCCACUGUGGUCAGGAGCAUGGGCUUAGGAAUCGCCUCCACAGCUGCACGCAUCGGCUCUAUCGUUUCUCCCUAUGUGAUCUACAUGGGCAAAUACAGCAAAAUCCUGCCAUAUAUUGUUUUUGGCGUAGUCAGCAUCAUGGCUGCUGCUGUUAGCAUACUGCUGCCGGACACCAGAAACAGAAAACUUCCUGAUCUUAUAAACGAGGCCAGACCCAUCAGAGGCUGCUGCUGUCCAAAGGAAACUGCUACACUUUAGUCAGAUACUGAAGGCUGUAAAUAAAUGAGCAAGAGUGCCCCCUGCUGAAAGAAAAUCACAGCAAGAGAUGAGUGAUCACAGACAAAAGCCUGGUAACAGCCCUCACAAAUAAGUUUAUGGUUUUUUUUAACGAUGUUUGGAAGAAGAAGACAACCACGUGUUUCAUCCCAAGCCUGUAAUGCUCAGGAAAGCAAAGGGCUGAAACACGUUCCUAAAAGUACUAUUUAUUGACUAACAAACAGAUUGACAAAAAAAAAUAAAGGAAAACGAAAUAUACACAAUAGUAGCAAUUCAUCAACGUAUAAUUGAAUCCUGUUAUUUCUAACCCCUCUCCUAACCAAAAGCAAAAUUUAAAUUAACUCCUUACCAACACGCCCCUCAAACAAUAUUAGUCCCAAACAAGGUUAAUCUCUAACAACUUUCUCUAUACUGUCAUCUCACACAGACAACAUGUAAUGUUACACAUUACUACAGUAACAACAUGUAACUGUAGUAUGCCUAACUGUAGGUCAACAUAUACAAAAAAGGAGCACUACAACCAUGUGCCCAUUUCAAAAAAUAAUAAAUUGAUAAAUGCAUAAAUAAUAAUAAUGAUAUAAACAAAUGUGAUCUCAGACUGUUUUCUUCUGUAUACUAACAUUAAGCACUCUGGCGCCCAUGUUUCAGCAUAUUCUGCAUCAUUAUUUUUCAGUUUGAGAGCAGUCUUUUCCAACUUAAUAAUUUCUAUUACUUCAGUGAUCCAUUCUUUUUGAGUGGGUGCAUUUAAGGCUAUCCAGUUUUUCAAGAUUACCGUCUUUUGUCAACAUGGGCAUAAUACAUAAUACACACGGUUAGCUUGGCAAGAUUCUCCAUAACUUUAUCAUCUUGUUCAUUUAGCUGAAACUAUGAGCACCAAUGAAGAAGUAAUACCUGCAGAGUGAAUAAGACAGAUGCAAAAAAAGAGGCUCAUAUAAAAAAUUUCAUUGUAAUUCC